CGCGUUUUUUCGGCUGAUCGAAAUCUCCAACUCGCUGUCACGGUUGAGCAAGACCGUAGUAUCGCUGUCCAAAUCGUAGACCAACAGUAACGUUCACAUAGGAAACCAAAAUGGCCGCUCCAUCGAUGGCCGCAGCCCUGGCUGCCUCACUUCCCGCCCCCCAGGCUGCACCAACACCUGCUGCCCCCACAUAUGAAGCCAUCCCUGCCUCCAUGUCCAAGGCGAUCGACAUCGAGGCUGAAAUACCUCUUACAUGCGUCCAGCUUGAUGGCAUGGUUAUUACCAAAAUUUUGAAACACAGCCGCGAGGUGUCCUCGACGACUGCCCACGGACUUCUCUUAGGCCUUGAUCUGGAUGGCAUCCUCGAGGUAUCCAACUCGUUUGCAUUACCGAAUCAUACCAAUGAAGAUGAUGAAAAAGUAACGAAAUCUAUCGCUCGCUACCAGUCAUCCAUGCUGCGGUCCCUGAAAGAGGUUCAGGGAGACGACAAUGUCGUAGGGUUUUACCAAGCGACCUCACUUGGCGCUUUCUUCAAUCAAACACUGAUCGAUACGCAAGCAAUCCACCAAGAUAGGCUUAGACAUGGCGGUGUUGUUAUUGUUCAUGACAUUUCACAGACAGCGCGAGGGAAUGCAUCAUUCCGUGCGUUCAAGCUGACACCUGCGUUCAUGGAUGCCUAUAGAAGAGCUAAUUUUAGUACGGCUGGGUUGAUCAGCCAUCGAUUGACUUUCUCUUCCAUACUAGAAGAGAUUCCGCUGAGAGUUCGGACCAACGCACUUCUGAUGUCGUACUUGAACACGCUUGCAGCUCCGUCGACGUCAACGUUUUCGGGUGCUCAUCCUGGUGUUGCAACUACGUCAGCAUUACCUCCGUCAUAUUCAGUGCUUGAUAUAGGUAAUAUGGGGCUGACGAAGAAUCUUGAGCAAGUUGCCGAAGCGAUCGACAAUUACCGGACAGAAGAAGGUAAUGUCGCGUACCUAUCAAGGCAAAUCGCAAGGGAGAAGCUUCGUGCGGAGACGUAUGUUGCGAAACGGAAAGAGGAGAAUGCGCGGCGCGUGGCGCAGGGAUUGAAUCCACUCCCUGAAGAAGAUGUGAGCAGGUUAUUCAGGAUCCCGCCUGAGCCGAGCCGGCUGGAGAGCAUGCUCUUACUGGGACAAGUGGAUGCUUACGCGAAGAGCCUCGAGAGUAGCGCAGGUACGGGAUUAGUGAAGAUGUAUGCAGCCAAAGCUAGCUCUGGUGUUUAAGUUACCUUUCUGCAUUUUAUGAGGUAGUCUAUAGGGGCUAGACAAUUAGCAUUCGAGAACAAUGGCAAUUGCUUGGGAGACUUUUGGUUGUUUAAAGAUACCAAACAAGGAUGGAUUACCAAUACCUGUUAAUUCCUGACAGGUUGGGGUGAGGAAAUU